GUUCUUAUCAUAUCCGCGGAACUACCGUUUCACCCAAGGUUACGGAUAUCAUAUGUCGCCAUGCAUCAAACACGCGCCUUGUCUCGUGUCGCAAGCUGCCUAUGGGGUGCAAACAUACAAGGAAGUCGAUCGGACUCUCAAAACCCAUUGGAAAUGGUGCUAGGUCAGUCCAUCUUCAACCCCAAGCCUCACAAGUACCAACAUAUCUUCAACCAUGUCAGGUUCCCCUACACGAGAAGAGCUGCACGAAGUCGCCAAAGUGACUAUGCGAAUACUGAGAUCUUGCGGGAUCCCCUGUUUUCUGGUAGGAGGAAUGGCAUGUUCAGUAUACGGAACAUCCCGACUUCCCAAUGAUAUCGACAUGGCAGUCAUGACUGACGAGGAUGCGGAGUUUGUCAAGUCGCGUCUCGUAUGCGGAGAUGCUCGGUUUUACCUUGUCAAAGCAAAAAAUAUUUGGGCCACAUACAAAGUCUUGUGGUUCUCCCUCUCAACAAGCUUAUAUUCGGGAUACCGCCGUUCAUGCAAGAUUCGAGAAGUCAAGGGAUUGCCGGUGGCACCCCUAUUAUUGCUGUUAUGCCUGAAGUUGCAAUGCUGGGACCAUCAUGGGGCAGCCAUCGAGUGGCGGUACAGGAGCAAACAACCAGCAGACGCGGGAGAUAUCAACGAACUGUUGAGGACCGCAGUUGCUAACGGAGAGAAUUUGGCGAAGGAACGCUGGAUGCCAGAACAGUUUGUGCGGGAUGCGGAAGAACGGGUGCGGAGGUUCCUCCAUUCCAGUUGGGACACACAAGGGACAAGAAAAUGGAAAGCGCUGGGAUUCCGAACUGACUGAAAUGCGAUGCUGCUGACACUAGGGUGGUGAUAUCGUUCAGAUCAUGUAAAGAACUGCUUGGACCGCUUGUAGCCCGUGGCUUGAAUUGACAACCAUUGACCGUGCUACAC